AGCGGGGUCCGCCAUCUUGGAAUCGCAACACUCACAGUGACAGGCUGCUCCGUGGUCCGCGGACACUGCUUUGGGUUGUUUCGGUUAAAAUCAUUGCUUCCGGUGUCCGUUAGACCAAGUCGGAUACACUUUUGUACUUCUUAUUGAUCACUGGCAAACUGUGAAAGGAACCGUUAUGGCGACGGCUACCCCUGCCCGUGAAGCGGCCCGGCCGGCGGCGGCCUGUACCCCGCUGUCCCCAACCCGGAUCUCCCGUUUACAGGAGAAGCAGGACCUGCAGCACCUCAACGACCGGUUGGCCGUCUACAUCGACCGGGUCCGAGCAUUGGAGCUGGAGAACGACCGGCUGAUGGUGAAGGUGUCUGAAAAAGAGGAGGUUACUACCAGAGAGGUCACAGGCCUGAAGGCCCUGUACGAGGCAGAGUUAGCUGAUGCUCGGCGGGUUUUGGAUGAAACUGCAAAAGAGAGAGCCAGACUCCAGAUCGACCUAGGCAAGGCCCAGGCUGAGGUGGAAGAAGCUGCACGCAGUUCAAAGAAGAAGGACAGCGACCUGGUGGCAGCGUUGUCCCGGGUCAGUGCUUUGGAAGGCCAGCUGAACCAGAGUGAAGCAGCCCUGUCCACAGCUCUCAGCCAAAAUGCUGCUCUGACCUCCGACCUCAACGAUGUCAAGAAUCUGUUAGUAAAAAGCGAGGACAGCCACGCUGUAGCCAAACGCCAGCUGGAGGCAGAGACACUGAUGCGUGUGGAUUUGGAGAACCGAUGUCAGUCCUUAAGUGAAGAACUGGAGUUCAGGAAAAGUAUGUUUGAAGAGGAGGUUCGGGAGUCUCGCCGCCGUCAGGAGCAGAGAAUAGUGGAGGUGGACUCUGGAGUCCGACAGGACUAUGAAUUCAAACUGGCCCAGGCUUUACAGGACCUGAGGAAGCAACAUGAUGAGCAAGUGUCUCUUUACAAGGAAGAACUUGAACAAACCUUCCAAGCAAAGUUGGAUAAUGCCAAAGUCUCCUCAGAGAUGAAUGACAAGGCAGUGAGUACAGCCAGAGAGGAGCUGCAGGAGUCCCGGAUAAGAAUGGAGAGCCUUGGCUAUCAGCUGAGUACCCUUCAGAAGCAGGUGGCUGCCUCAGAGGAUCGUAUCAGAGAGCUAGAAGAAAUCCUGUCGACAGAACGAGACAAACACCGUCGGACCGUCGAAGGAAAGGAACAAGAGAUGAGUGAACUGAGAGACCGCAUGAACGCUCAGCUGAGUGAAUACCAGGAGCUUCUGGAUGUGAAGCUGGCACUGGAUAUGGAGAUCAAUGCCUACAGGAAACUACUGGAGGGAGAGGAGCACAGACUGAAGCUGUCCCCCAGCCCGUCAACUCGAGUCACUGUUUCCAGGGUAACAGGAUCUUCCUCUUCCCGUUUAUCAAAGAGGAAGAGAGUGGAGAUGGAGGCCAAGGAUGCAGCAGAGGUUGGAACAGGGGCAGAGCAGGUGCUGGUAUCUGAGGAGGCCACAGCUAGUGGAGCGGUCACCAUAUCACCAACGGAUAUGGAUGGAAACGCUGUCACGCUGACUAAUGACACUGAACAGGACCAGCCUUUGGGCAACUGGAGGUUGAAGAGGCAAGUGGAUGGUGGGGAGGAAGUAAUAUACAAGUUCUCCCCGAAGUUUGUCCUCAAGGCUGGACAGUCGGUCACGGUGUGGUCUGCUGAUGCUGGAAUAGCCCAUAGUCCACCAUCUGACCUCCUGUGGAAGAGCCAGGCCUCCUGGGGCACAGGGAGUGAAAUCAUUACCUCUUUGAUCAACACUGAGGGCGAGGAAGUAGCCAGAAGGAGUGCAACCAAGACCCAGGUAGAGGUAGAAAAUGGAGAGGAAGAAGAGGAAGGUUCCCAAAUGGGGAAGGUGUCGUCCAGAGAGUGUUCCAUCAUGUGAAGACCCCGUCACCACCUUAGAUCCUCAGACCUGAUCCUGUCACUGGUGUUUUUAUAUUCUUCUACAUAAACACAGACUUUUUGCUGCUUUUCGCUCCACAUUUUCUGGACCUACUUUAAUAGGAAUCUAAAUAUUGCCUCCAAACAUUCAGUAAAAGUGUUUUGAAUUUUUCAGAAUAUGAUCAGUGAAUGGUCUUGGUCUGGGUGUUGGAAUGAUUCUUAAAUCAGAUGACAGGAAUUUCCUACUCUUUAUUUCAUGUGUACUUU